GCUGUCCUCUGGUCUAGAUCAUUCACACCUCAGGCUGAAUCUGAUAUGCAGAAGCCGAAUUCACCUACGAACCAUAUAUUAAGAGAGGGUGUAAUAGAGGGUAGACUGACAUCUACUCCAAUUGAUUAUGAAGCUUACACUGUACACUGGAGUUUAGAAAACAAGCUCGAUUUGAUCUUCGUUAUAGCAUACUCUAAAAUGAUACAAUUGAAUUAUGUAGAGGAGCUUAUCGAGACUACUAAGCAGUUAUUUGUCAGUCUAUUCAAACCACUUAUUGAACAACUCGUGAAUUCAUUGAGUGGGGGUGAACCACUCAACCAAAUGGAGUCUAUACCUUCAUUAUUCAAGGGCUGGGAUAGCGUAUUUGACAAGCUCUUAAAGGAUAUUGAUAGUAACAAGAAACAGCGCGCAAAGUUACAAAAUAACAAAAAGGCUGCAAAAUCGACACCAAAGGUUGAGCAAGGUGAAACACAGUCAACAGAAAAGGUAGUUGAUGCAAACGAGAUUGCGAAAAAUGUUGAAGCAAUGAAAGCACGCUUGAAAGCCUCAUCAAACACGAAGAAGGCCAAGGCAGCCCCAGCAGCCGACCAAAAUACAAAGAAAUCGAAAAAGGAGAUGCGUAAUUGGGGAAAUAAAGUUACAUCCCAAGAGAUGUCAGCUUUAGACUUUUCUUCCACAUCCAAUGACAGUGACAACGUCGGAAAUUUGGACAACCUGGUCGACAAAUCAGCCAAAGGAACGUACGAUGAGAGUACUGGAGUUUACAAUCUAGCGGAAUACAACAACGACGAUGAAGAUGAAGAUUUGCUAGAUAUCGAUAUUCCCGCUUUGGAAACUGAACAACCGCAACAAGACAGCACAUGGGGCUUCCUCAAAGGAUUGACCGGUCUGACUGGUGGGAAGACGAUCGACAAGGCUACAAUCCAGCCUGUACUUGCCAACAUGUCAAUGUUACUCAUGAAGAAGAACGUAGCUGCCGAAAUUUCUGAGAAAGUCUGUGCAAGUGUUGAACAACAAUUGGUUGGUCGUAAAAUUGGUACAUUCACCACUAUCAAAAGUGAAGUAAAGAAUGCACUCAACAAUUCUAUAACUAGGAUCCUCACACCAAAGACAUCCACUGAUAUUCUUUUCGAGAUAUCUCAAAAGAAGAAAAAAGCUUCAUCAAAAGGUGGAAAUGAUCCUUAUAGUUUGGUGUUCUGCGGUGUCAAUGGAGUUGGCAAGUCUACAAACCUCAGUAAAGUCUGUUAUUGGUUGUUGGAAAACAGGUUGAAUGUUUUGAUUGCUGCAUGUGAUACCUUCCGUAGUGGGGCUGUCGAACAGCUUCGUACUCACGUCAACAAUCUUGAUAACCUGAAGUUAGGCAGUGGUGUCACUUCUCGCAUUGAAUUGUACGAAAGAGGAUACGGGAAAGAUGCUGCUGGAAUCGCAAGAGAUGCCAUUGCUUAUGGAAAAGAGAACAAAUUUGAUGUCGUUCUGAUCGACACUGCUGGUAGGAUGCAGGAUAAUGAGCCAUUGAUGAGAGCAUUAGCCAAGCUGGUUUCUGUCAACAAACCAGACAAGAUUAUCUUUGUUGGUGAAGCACUUGUAGGAAAUGAAGCUACAGACCAGCUCGUCAAGUUCGACAGAGCGCUCAAAGAUCUUUCGUCUUCUGCGGCUGUUUAUGGAAGGGGUAUAGACGGAAUGUUGUUAACGAAGUUUGACACGAUUGAUGAUAAGGUCGGAGCUGCGUUGUCGAUGACAUAUAUCACUGGUCAACCUAUCUUCUUUGUCGGUUGUGGACAAGUAGGUAUUCACCCAAUUUACAAAAGACUACUAAGCAAAGUUCUACAGACAUACACAGAUCUUCGCCAAUUACGC